UAGGGUUUUAAUACGGUUUUGAGUUCCCAGAUGUUGUAUCUUGAACCGAAUCAAAACCAAACUGAAAAAUGGAAACCAAACCUAUUGACGGUAGAAGACGCUACUUCUGCCCGUUAAUCCAAUCCCUGAUACCUCCUCUCAAUUCCAAUUGUUGGCGGCCCUGGAUUAGUCCAAUCCCUUCUCUAUACUGCGAAGCUUAAGCAAAGCCAAUUCUCAAUCGAAGCUGUUCCUGCUGUAUCCAUCCAUGGAUGUAGACGACCACGGAAACGAAACUCCCGCGAUCAGAGCCCUGGGUUCACUCUUCAAGCUCACCGAAGUCUUACUAUGGGAUGAUGCUCUGAUGGACACGCCAGAAGUUUCUUCUUCACAUGUUCGCCAUGGCAGCUCCGCAGAAUCUACUAGUUCACGUACUCAUGAUGCUGUUAGUAUGAACAUCGACAGUGAAACCAAUGUGCAGAUGAGUGCAUUGGGGCUUCCUAUUUCCUUUAGCACAAACAAGAAGAAGACUGGGAUUACCAAAUGGAAAGGAAAGGGUACACCUAUACAUAAUGAUCGUUCUGUUCGUAAAGAGAAUGAGGAUGUACAGUUACAAGUUUCCAAUGUGAGUGAGGUAGAGGUUGCAUCCUCGGUAAUUUCCUGUGAUAACCCAAGCAAUUAUUUAUGUGACACAUCGACAGUGAGCCAAAGUGAAAUGUCUUACUGUGAUGUUGCAGUGGGCAGUAGAGAACAUUUUUGUUACUCUGGUGAUGGAGGUUUAACAGGCUUGACUUCUGUGAGUAUCAGUGAAGUUGGUCAGGAACAAACUCCCCAGGAGAUAUUUGGUGAAGUAUCAAAUUCUGGAAUGGAAUAUGAAACUAACCCUGGUAUCAUUUCUAUUUGUGGUACUGAAGUGGCAGCUAUCCCAGAUAAUUUAGUUACUAAAGCUUCUCUGGAAGAUACUUCACAAGAUGCCAGCUCUGGAAUUGGUGAUAAGGAAAUGGACAAAGGACCAAUAGAAUGUAAAAAUUUGGAAGGUUCGUUUAUGGCUUACUAUGACAGGGAAGGUGGAAAGCUUUGUGUUGACAUCAGAACUGACAAGACAUGGGCCCUGGAUUCAGUUGUUUCUCCUCAGGCUUCUGACAUGCUUGAUCACAUUGAGCUCAACAACUGUGAAUGCCAUGAUGAUCCAGCAGAAUGGAUGACAUGCUGGGAUUCUUUCUAUAUGAGAAACUACUUCUAUAAUAUCAAAACACAAGAAUCAACUUGGUACCCACCUCCUGGGAUGGAACAUUUGGCAUUUUCUGUCAUGACAUCUAAGUCGGGUGAAGUGGUUGCUGAUGCCCCUGAAAGGGAAGGUAGUUCUUCACUCUCUUGCAAUGACAUCAAAGUAUUGGAUCCAUGUAGUUUACAGGAUGAAACUGUUUGUUUUGAGGAAACCAGGGAUAAAGAUAAGUUAUCAGUUGAUCCUCACCAUGAAGUCUCCCCUGGGAUUGAUAUUGCUGCAUGUGGUUUUGUGCCUGGCUUGGAGUCAUCCACCAGCUGCAGUUGUGGGCAACUAGAUGAAUUAGAUGAUGGAAGAGUUUCCUUUUGUCCGUCCUCACAUUCCCAGGGUCACAUUGACAGUUUGGGUAUGGGUAAUCAACUCAAUCUAUUAGUUUCUGAAGAAGCAUCAAGAAGUGAUUUUUUAAACAAAUCUGUGAUAGUAACAUCUUCUGAGGAUGCAGAGAAGAUAUGUGAUGAUAUGACCUAUCAUAGCUUUGAUGCUGACAGUUCAAUCACUAGUGUCACUAGAACUGUUUCCGAAUUGCAAUCAUCACACAUGAGUUCUACAAAAGACGAGUUGGAUAGCCUCCGUGAUUCUAUUGCCUCAAAAAAGAAAAAGAAAGUGAGAAGGUCACGGUCACAGAGGAAUAUAUUAUCUGAAUGUUAUGAAGAGCGUCUUUUCCAUGGAAUGUCAAUAGAACAACCUACCGAUAUUCUGAAAUAUUGGUGUCAGAGAUAUUUCCUCUUCUCCAGAUUUGAUGAGGGUAUAAAGAUGGACAAAGAAGGGUGGUUUUCUGUCACUCCAGAGACUAUAGCACAGCAUCAUGCAUCCCGUUGUGGUAGUGGAGUCAUUGUUGACUGUUUUACAGGAGUUGGUGGGAAUGCUAUCCAAUUUGCAAAAAGGAGCAAUCAUGUCAUUGCAAUUGAUAUCGAUCCCCAAAAGAUUGACUGUGCGCAAUGUAAUGCAGCUAUUUAUGGAGUAAAUGAUAGAAUAGAUUUCAUACAUGGGGAUUAUUUUCACUUAGCCCCUAUGUUGAAGGCAGACAUAGUCUUCUUAUCACCUCCUUGGGGAGGACCUGAUUAUGCCAAAGUACAUACUUACGACAUCAAGACCAUGCUUAAACCGUGUGAUGGGUAUGUUCUCUUCAGUACUGCAAGGAGGAUUGCUUCCAGAAUUGUCAUGUUCCUCCCUAGAAAUGUGGACCUAAAUCAAUUGGCGGAGUUGUCUCUCUCUGUCAAUCCUCCAUGGGCAUUAGAGGUUGAAAAAAACUACUUAAAUGGCAAGUUGAAGGCAAUCACGGCCUACUUCAGUGAUACGUCAGUUGGAGUCUAAUUUAUACCCCCUAGAGCUGGAACUAAUGUUGUAGAUUUUGACUAGCUCUUUGAGAAGACCAUAUCUUGAGCUCAGUGUCCUUGUAAAUGGUUGUGAAAAACUUUUUAAAUGGUAAGUUGAAGGCAAUCGAGGCCUAAUUCAUAUCACAGAUGCAGACUAAUUUUCAACACUAGAGCUGAAGCUGAAAUGUCGUAGUAGUUGACAAGUUCUUUGAGAAGACAGUAUCUUGAGCUCAGUGUCAAUGUAAAUGGUAAUAAUACUGGAAGUUUUCAGGUGUUUUCCCCUAUUUAUUACUCAUUUUAACCAUUAUAAAUAUUUUUAUUGGAUAACAGCACUGCAUUUUUUGCCCCUUUCAUGAA